GCUGUGUUAUUAUCGCACCGUCUAAUUGGUUUAAGUUACCUACUAGACUAGACCGAGACCAAUGCAAUAAUCUAAAUCACCCCUUUUCUCUCAACCAUUUAACCCUUUUGGGCGAAAAAGAGGUCAUAGCUUUUUACAACUUGAGUGGUUUGAUAUCAAUCAUCGAUUAUCAGCGUCAGAUCAGAUUCGAAUGUGCCCACUGCCAGGGUUCGAAGCUCAUUGAUCGGCGCAGGGGUCCAUCCGAGAAUUUCGCAUCACUAUUCCGACUCGACUGUUCCCCAAUUUGCUCAACUGUGCUCUCGACAUACUUGAUUGAACUUCAGAAUUACCAGACCAACCCAGACUUAGACAUAAUACGUAAUAACACUAUCGCUUCGACUUGAGGCCUAUUAUAGCACCACUACUGCUGUCGCGAAAGAAUAGCCGACAACUUUCGAAUAGGUAUUUGAUUUAAUCUAGACCGACACACCGCAACAUAACGCAGUAUUAUACAAAAUUAGCGAAACAUCGAAAUCCAGUACAUAUACAGUAUCAGACCUUUCUACAUAAUGAGCGGCGACAAUCAUACGCUUCCUCUGAGGCAGGCCACUACUCUCAGUGAGGAUGUCGUACCGAAUAUCGACCCUACUUCGACGGCCGGAUUACUUGCCGAAAGACUUCAGGCUUGGAAACAUGCCGUAGGAUAUUUAGAAGAAUAUGUUGGGGCUGUCGAGAAAGUCCACAAAGCGCACGCAAAGGAGUAUGAGAAGGUUCUUAAGACGAUUUCUCACCCGUUAAGAGAGGGGGCGCACUUUGACCAGAGUCUUGGCGGUGUGGCGGGUUUCUUCGAAAAUAUGCGAGUUAAUACUCAGGCUAUGAUCAAUUCGAACGCGGAGACCGAGAAGACCCUCAAGGGGUCUGUCCUACCAAUCCUCGAGCGACUACACAAAGAGAUUAAGGCAAAACACAAGGAAGUCUCUCAUGGGGUUGAGAAGAGCGCAAAGGAGAUCGAGAAGGCUAGGAAUACCACCCAGAAGCAUAUUGAGCUUCUUGGCCAGCAUGCCGCAUCUUACGAGUCGACAGGCGGCAAGAUGACCCCUACCGACGAUCCUUACGUUAUCCGGCGCGGUGUCCUUCACAGACUGAACAAGCAGGUUAUUGAAGAAAAUAACCACAGGAACGAUCUUAUCAGCAUACAAGAUGGUUUCAAGGACUUUGAGGCUCACGUGAUACAAGUGAUCCAGCAAGCAAUGGAUGCUCUCAAUCAGGUCGCUGGUGGGCAGGCUGAGAAGAUUAGGGCGCUCUACGUUGACAUGCUGGGCGCGGCGCAACAAAUUCCGCCUGACUUUGAGUGGAACGGUUUCAAUGCUCGUGAGGGCCACCGACUAGUCGAUCCAAAUGACCCGCCUCGGAGCGUGGAUGCCAUUGUUUUCCCCAAUCAGGAUCACAGUUCAACUAAGCCACUCAUCGAGGGUAGCUUAGAGCGCAAGUCGCGAAACAAGCUGUCGUGGGGUACGCAAUCCGGGUAUUACGUCGUAACCCCUUCCAAGUACUUGCAUGAGUUUAAAGACGAUGAUAACUUGCGGCAUGACCCAAAACCGGAACUCUCCAUCUUCCUCCCGGACGCUGUAAUUAGUGCUCCUGCAGGUGAAAAGUUCACUAUCAAAGGAAAGGAUAAGGGUGGGAGCUUUAGCAGCAAACUCGCCGGUACAUCUGAACUUCAUUUCAAAGCCCACUCGGCUGCCGAGGCUCAGAAAUGGUUUGAUGCAAUCCGUAUUGCGGCCGGCGCAACAGGUGCAGCCUACGAAAGCCAAUCAUCAUCACCGAACGCUAGCCAUCCUGGCUCUGUUAGCGAGAAAGUAAAACUCGAGAAGAUUGAUCCGAAUGCGCAUAAAGAGCAAGACGCGGGAAUUACAGGUGGCGAGACUGUUAGUAGCCCUACAGUCAUAUCGCCUGCCGUUACCCGACAAAACACUCUCAAUAACGGUACGGAUAAGAAGGCAUCUGCCUAGUAAUCUAGCUUGCCUGUCGUGCCAAGUUAAAAGGGAUCGAAUGCCCCUUCAUGGUUGAGAUGAGGGAAUUAUGUACCGUGUGCCAAGGGAGCCUCAGCUUUGUAAAGCCUUGCCGAGGGUAACUAGGUAU